GAAAUCUUGGCGCGCUAGCGGGUCCAUAUCCGCUCAAAAGUUGAGCUCUCGUCGCAUUGUUAAUGAAGCUUCAAUUAAACAUUAGAAUAAAAUGAAACAACGAUUGUUCUCUACUCUACGGAGUUUACAGCAUGAGAACCCAUUGGGAUUACCACGAACGGGCAGUAUUCCGCGCAUGCAGCGUGGAUUGCCAGAACGACGAAAGAUAAAAGACGUAAAGAAAGUGAUUGCAGUUUCAUCUGCAAAAGGAGGAGUUGGAAAGUCGACGCUUUCUGUCAAUCUUGCACUCGCUUUUGCUCGUCGUGGUCUAAGAAGUGGUAUUCUAGAUACAGAUAUUUUUGGUCCCUCAAUACCGACACUAUUGAAUCUAUCUGGGGAGCCUAGAUUAUCCUCAAGUGCGUUUUUGGUCCGAAUGCAAUAUAUGGGACACGUCUGAUAUUUGGGCGGCAGACAAUCAACUUAUACCACUCUCGAAUUAUGGCGUCAAGUCCAUGUCAAUGGGCUACCUAGUGGGUGAUGCGGCACCAGUUGUGUGGCGUGGAUUGAUGGUCAUGAAAGCAUUGCAGCAACUUCUACACGAGGUAGACUGGGGUGGAUUGGAUGUUUUGGUUCUCGAUUUGCCACCAGGAACUGGAGACACUCAAUUGACCAUAACGCAGCAAAUCGUACUUGAUGGAGCGGUGAUUGUGUCGACACCUCAAGACAUAGCUCUUAAAGAUGCAGUGAAAGGUAUCAACAUGUUCAAGAAGAUCGAUAUUCCAAUUCUGGGAAUGGUACAGAAUAUGUCGUUAUUCACAUGUCCACAUUGUCAGAAUAGCACACAUAUUUUUGGAUCGCAUUCGGGGGUUACUACUGCUUGCGAAAAGCACGGAAUUGAUUUUCUAGGAGAUAUACCAUUACAUGCGAAUAUCUGCGAUGAUGCGGAUAGGGGAAAACCAACCGUGGUAGCGGAGCCCGAAAGCGAAAGAGCAAAAGCAUUUAUGUCAAUUACGGAAGUUGUAGGAAAGAAGAUUGGCUUGUUCUAAUAGUAUUUAUUAAGACCAGAAUAACAACAGUCAAGGGGCGAGCAACAAACAAUAUAGACAUUGUAAAGCUAAGAAACUUCUAGGGGCAAUGAAAUGUAAAGGAGAGCCAUAGAAAUCGUGGUAUCAAGUGCGGUGCGGAAAUUUUCGUACCUGAACUGUUGAUUCAAGGUCAGAUGAAAACAGAAAGCCCCCACAAGGCUUGUGAUUCUCAGGUUUCCUAUCCAAAAGCAAUCUUUAGCAUGUUUCA